UCAAAGAGGUCAUUUUAGUUUUAAGAACAGGACACCGGACAGGGCACCCAGUGGGGGAGGACGACACAGUUUUUGAAAAUUUGUCACACGGUAUCGUAAGGAAUCGCUUUAAAAUGCGAGUCGUGUUAGCCGUUACGUUCGUGUCGCUAGCUUUCACUUACUUUGAAUUGGACAUAGUGAGGGCUGAGGAGAAAUCAUGCAAGCAGGUCAUGGCAGAUCUUACUAAGCGUCAGCUUGGUGGUAUUUCUGCAUGUGGGAAAUCCCUAAAAUUCAAAAAUGGAAAAGAUAAAGCAAAAAAGAUGAAUUGCAUUCUGAAAUGUGUCAUGACGAACGAGAAAGUGCUAAAUGCGGAAGGAUAUUUUGAUGCGACACAGUUGGAUGCAUUGAUUAUUAAGGAAUUUCCACCAUAUUUGCAUGAGAAGGCCAAUGCAUCUUUUAUGCCAUGUUCUGAGAAAGGAGCUACAAUUGAUCCAAAUCCUGAAACAGACGAGUUCUGCAAGUCGUAUGAUCCAUUUAUAAAAUGUCUUCUAGGAUCAUUGCCUACCCUUUGCGGAUAAAAAUAUAGGACAUCCCCUUCACUCCGACGUGAUUCUGAAAACAUUAUAUAUUUUUUUGCACUUGAAUAAAAAAAUCCCAACUCAACUUCAA